AUGGCUUCCAGACCAACAAAACGCUGCUUUGCUACGCUUUCCCCAUACGAAGAGCAAAUUGGAUACUACCGAGCCAUCCGUCAUGGCAAUCAUAUAUUUGUUUCCGGAACCACCUCUGUCGACCCUCUUUCUCCAGCCAACGAACCGAAAAUACUCUUCCCGGGUGACGCCAAACAACAAACCUGCACUGCACUCCAAGAAAGUAUCAACGCGAUCCAAGGCUUAGGGGGUAAGGGUCUGGAAGAUAUAGUUCGUGUCAAAAUGUUUGUCGGUCGUCACGAACAUUGCGCGGCGGUCGGCGAAGGGUUUCGUGAGAUAUUAGGCAAGCAGAACCUAGGAAAAGAGGGUCUUGUAGGGGCAGCCGCGACCAUGAUUGUGGUCAACGGUGGAUUCAUCAACAAGGAUAUGCUUGUCGAGGUGGAAGUAGAUGCUAUAGUUGAGUAG